AUAGUCUACUAGCAGCAUGGGCUUCGAUCUAUCCUCCCUCGACUCCCAUCUCGCAUCUGCCUCCUACAUCCAGGGCUUCGAACCCUCACAGGCAGAUGUCGCAGUCUUCAAGGAGCUCAAGCAGGCCCCAGACGCAAAGGACACACCCAACGCAGCACGCUGGUACGCCCACAUCGACUCCUACAAGCAGGAAUUCGACUCCCUCCCCGGAGACGCCUCCAAGAAGGCCUCUGCCUACGGACCAGAUGCCUCUUCCUCAAAGGAAGCAGCACCCGCGGCAGCAGCAGCUGAGGAGGAUGAUGACAUUGAUCUCUUUGGCUCAGAUGACGACGAGGAGGAAGACGCAGCUGCCGUCAAGCUCCGCGAAGAGCGUCUCGCAGAGUACGCCGCAAAGAAGGCAGGCAAGGCAAAGGUCACGGCCAAGUGCAUCGUCACAAUGGAGGUCAAGCCGUGGGACGACGAGACUGACAUGAAGAAGCUCGAGGAGUGCGUCCGAUCCGUCACCAUGGACGGUCUCGUCUGGGGCGGUGGCAAGCUUGUGCCCGUCGGCUACGGUGUCUCCAAGCUCCAGAUCAACUGUGUCGUUGAGGAUGACAAGGUCUCCCUCGAUGACCUCCAGGAUGCUAUCGCCGAGUUUGAGGACUACGUCCAGAGCUCCGACAUUGCUGCCAUGCAGAAGCUUUAAGCGGACGGCACAUACACUGCUCAUUGACUGCACAG